AUGGCUUUGACAAUAUUUCUAACGGGAGCUACUGGCUAUAUUGGUGGACAAGUUCUGUCGGAGCUUUUGGCAAGUCGGAAAAGUCAAUACAAGGUCACGGCAUUAGUCCGAGGUGAAGAGAGAGCAGCAAAACUUCGAGAUUUGGGUGUUGAAACAAUUAUCGGCAGUCUGGAUGAUACGAACCUACUUUCGAAAGCGUCGUCUCAAGCCAACAUAGUUAUUCAUACGGCCGAUGCCGAUCAUCCAGGGUCAGCAACAGCUAUCGUCAACGGUUUGCUUCAGACAGCGUAUGCAUCUGAACGUAAGAUUUUCAUUCACACAUCGGGAACAGGUGGCAUCAGUGAUAAUGCUAAGGGCGCGUAUACAAGCGAUAAAAUAUAUUCGGAUUUAAAUGUUGACGAUAUCAAAGCUCUUCCUGACAAGGCGAUACACCGUAAUGUUGAUUUAAUUGUAUCGGCUGUCGGAGCAGAUCCGUCUAAUUAUAUUACUACCGCCAUUAUUAUGCCGCCGACGAUUUAUGGAAUAGGUGCUGGUCCGUUCAAUAAACUAUCAAUCCAGAUUCCUGAAGUGAUUCGUUUCGGUAUUCAACAUCGAAAGAUUUACAUACCCUUUGAAGGAAUUAAACGUCAAGAAAUUCAAAAGAGAAAGAUCGGUAUUCAACAUCGAAAGAUUUACAUACCCUUUGAAGGUGAAAAUAUCUGGUCUUCGAUACACAUUAAGGACCUUGGACGAGCCUAUAUUCAUCUGCUGGAUAAACUGAUAGAAAACAAAGAGUACCCUGCACUUGGUAUGAAAGGUUAUGACGGAUAUUACUUUGCCGAAAAUGGGGAAUUUCAAUGGAGACAAAUUUUUGAAAAAGUUGCCCAACUUCUGCAUAAAAAAGGCCUUGUUGAUGACGAAAAUGUUCAAUCGAUUACAUUCGAACAACAAGUUGAAACAUUAUUUAAUGGAAUAUGUAAUGGGUUGCCGGGUCAAGCGGUCUAUCUUCUGUGGGGAUCAAAUUCGCGAUCGAAAGCGGAACGAUUACGAAUGUUAGGAUGGAAACCAACAGAAAAGGAAAGCGUUUUCGACACAAUUGCUGAUGAAACGGAUGCAAUUAGGAAUAAAAUUCAAGCUUGA